CAUCACAAACCCCACUCUAUGAUAUCUGUUCAAUAUAUGCUGCAGACCUUGGAAAACAGAAUACUCUCUCCCUUUCAGGACCAACAGAGCAAGCACUGCAGUUCCAAGUCUGAAGAGGUCAGAACUCACCUGAAGAGUAUGCAGACUAUGAGAACAUAGAGCCAGUUCACUUAGAGACUCUGGAUAGAAAAAACACACCUUUAAUCUGAUUCCUGUGUCAGGAAAUUACACACCUUUAAUCCCGAUUUUGAGACCAGAAGACUGGGCCACACCUUCUGCUGGAGGUCUAUAUAAGCUCAUGGAAGAAGGAAGCUUUGUAUCUUUGCCUGCUUGCUUUCAUCUUACUAGCAAGCCCAUUUUUCAUAGGCGUUAGAGCCCACUUCUUCAGAAUUCCAGCAUAUACUGAAGAACGUGAACACCACAGACUUCAAACCUUGUGGACUAAAUCAACUUUAACCUCCAAACUACCUCCAGAAGACAUGUCAAGGGACCUGGAAGUCAAGAGCUGUGGCUACACACACAUCAGUGUUCAGAAUUUCUGCUAUGAGUGGGCCAUUAGAAACUUUUCAUUUUGCAUGGAUGGAAUUCUGGAAAAUAUUACAAGCCCAGGGUUCUCAUUAGAGGCCAGUGAAGAAGUACAAUGGUGUUUGACAAUAUACCCAAAUGGUGUUGAUGAAGAAAGCACAGAUUACCUGUCUGUUUACCUGGGUUUGCUCAGUUGUCCAAAGAGCCCAGUUUGGGCAAAGGUACAGUUCUGGAUCAUAAAUGCCCAAGGAGAGAAAUAUGUUAUUACAAAGAUCUCAGAUGUUUUAAGGUUUCUGCCAAAUCGAUACUGGGGAUGCAAAAAUUUCAUCCUUCGAGAUUUCCUCCUUUACCAUAGUCAUUGGCUUCUCCCUGAAGACAAGCUUACCCUGUGUUGCAAGGUGAGCAUAAUAGGACCCUACUUUAGCAGGCCUGGACAGAACAUGACACCUGCAAUCAGGGAUACAAUGCAAAUAUUGGCAGAAGACCUAGGAGAGCUGUGGGAAAAUUCCCUCUUCACAGACUGCAGCCUGGUGGUAGCUGGCCAGGAAAUCAGAUCUCACAAGGCCAUUCUAGCAGCUCGCUCUCCAGUUUUCAGAGCCAUGUUUGAACAUGAAAUGGUAGAUAGCUUAAGAAACCGCAUUGAGAUCCAUGACAUUCAUCUGCAAGUCUUUAAGGAAAUGAUGCAUUUCAUUUACACAGGGAUGGUACCACAUCUCCACAGCCACUCAAUGGCCACUGGUUUGUUGGCAGCUGCUGAUAAGUAUGCCCUGCAGGGCUUGAAGGUCAUGUGUGAGGAUGCCCUGUGCAGCAACAUCUCUGUGAAAAAUGCUGUACCCACUCUCAUCCUGGCUGACCUCCACAGAGCAGAGAACCUGAAGACUAAAGCUAUGGAUUUCAUUAUACUUCAUGUUUCUGAAGUCUCUGAUACCGUGGGGUGGAAGUCAAUGGUGGAGUCACAUCCCUACUUGGUGGAGGAAACAUUUCACUCCCUGGCUUCUAUACAUUGUCCUUGCUUGGAGCCCUCACUCAAAUGCUGAAAGAUAUUUUAGGAGCUUAACAGCUAUGACCUACACCUGUCUUCCAACAGCAACAACCACUCAUUUUACCAAUGACUUCUGUUUAGACUACAGUAUUGCUGGAGCUUUUACAGUGAAUCUGGGCAAAGGCAGCCUGGAUUUACAAGAGCUGUAAUAUGUCAAAAUGGUGUGUGGGGAAAGGGCAGCACUAGGGUCUUGGACACUCUACCGGAUAUCUACCCUGCUGAUGUUUUAUUCUUGUCUGAUGUCUUGAACCUGGGAUUCAACUAGCCUGAAACACAGCUCAACUGACUCUUUGGAAAAACCUGUCUGCAUUAUACUGAGCAGAAUAGAUGACCUAACUUAACUGGCAUGUAAAAAUUUUCACCUAAUUUAUGUGUAUUAUAUAUCUGCAAA